AUGAGGAAGCAAAGCAAGGCGAGGAGACGGUCCUGGAGCUGCCGGCGCUGCAGCUUUCCCGAGGGUGAGGGCCAGCCGCCCACAGGGAGCGGCCAUCACCCAAACAGCCUCUGCUCCGCGGGAGCUCUGUCUGGCUCUCAGGGCAGCAUCACACCGUGGAUGGAGGGCAGCUAUAACUACGACAUCGAGGAGGACGAAGAGGAGGAGGAGGAAGAAGACGAGGAAGAGGAGUGGGAGGCUGACCAGAAGCCAGAGGAGGUCCCCAUGACACAGCCCGAGGGCGGCACCCACACCCCGGCCCAGGUGUCCGUGCUGAACGUGAACGUGGGUGGCCACAGCUACCGACUGGACUACUGCGAGCUGGCCAGCUACCCCAAGACGCGCCUGGGCCGCCUGGCCACCUCCCCCAGCCGCAGCCACCAGCUGGGCCUGUGCGACGACUACGAGCCCCAGACCGACGAGUACUUCUUCGACCGCGACCCGGCCGUGUUCCAGCUCAUCUACAACUUCUACACGUCGGGGGUGCUGCUGGUGCGCGACCUCAAGAUCCAGCGCGAGCUGCGCGCCCAGGCGCAGGCCGAGGAGGCCGCGGAGCUCUUCCGAGACCUGCGCUUCUGCGGGCCGCAGCGCCGCCGCCUCUGGAACCUCAUGGAGAAGCCGUUCUCCUCCGCGGCAGCCAAGGCCAUGGGGGUGGCCUCCAACCUCUUCGUGCUCGUCUCCGUGGUGGCGCUGGCGCUCAACACCGUGGAGGAGAUGCAGCAGCGGGCGGAGCAGCCGCGGCCCGUCCUGGAGCAGGUGGAGAUGCUGUGCGUGGCCUUCUUCACCCUGGAGUUCCUGCUGCGCCUCGUCUCCACGCCCGACCUGCGCCGCUUCGCACGCAGCGCCCUCAACCUGGUGGACCUGGUGGCCAUCCUGCCGCUCUACCUGCAGCUGCUGCUCGAGCGCGUCUUCCGCAUCCUCAAGCUGGCGCGCCACUCCACCGGGCUGCGCGCCUUCGGCUUCACGCUGCGCCAGUGCUACCAGCAGGUGGGCUGCCUGCUGCUCUUCAUCGUCAUGGGCAUCUCUGCCUUCGCCGCCGCCGUCUACUCUGUGGAGCACGACGUGCCUGGCACCAACUUCACCAGCGUCCUCCAGGCCUGGUGGUGGGCGGCGGUGAGCAUCUCCACGGUGGGCUAUGGAGACAUGUACCCGGAAACACACCUAGGCAGGCUCUUGGCCUUUCUCUGCAUUGCUUUUGGUAUUAUUCUCAAUGGGAUGCCGAUUUCCAUCCUCUACAACAAGUUCUCGGAUUACUACAGUAAGCUCAAAGCUUAUGAGUACACAGCCAUACGCAGAGAGAGGGGAAGAGUGAACUUCAUGCAGAGAGCCAGAAAGAAGAUGGUUGAGUGUUUGGCCAGAAGCCAUGCACAGCCCAUCCCGACCCAAGAGAACUCAUAG